UAGAACUCUAGUUGAUAAAUGUUGUGCUUAAUGGUUUUUUUAAACAUAUUAUUUACAGGGUGACGCAGCCAGGCUUGGCUAUAUUCCUCCAAAUCCAAAAUUGAUCUCCGACUUCACCGCUCCACCAGGUUCAACGGAAUACUACAACAACAGAUUUGUACCAAACCUCAACUAUCCGCCUGCGCUGAUGUGUGUUAAAAUUUUUCAGAGAUAUGGCAAAUUUAUCUGUUGUCAUAAAAAGUACGAAAUCUUCAAAAAGAUGAGUUCACGCUUCCUCACGUGA